GUCGUUUCAAAAGUCAAACAAACGAUUGACUCUUUUUCACCGAUUCUUCAGAUUCUUGGAUUCAUUUGUCGUUUGUUGAGACAAUUGGAUACAAAUGGCAGACAAGAAGUACGGUUUGAUCCGACUGUCCAAAGCCAACAAACCGGUCACUACUCUCAAGAAGAAUAUCUUUGACAGCGAUUCCGAUGAUGAAGACGCGCCACAGGCGUCGACCAAAAAGCCGGUCAAUACCUCUUCGGGACUCAAACGACAGACACAGUUAGACAUCAGUCGAGCGCUCACUGAAGACCCGAAUGUCUUCGAAUACGACUCUAUUUAUGAGGACAUGAAGUCGAAGAGCGAGUCGAUCACCGAAACGGAUCCGCAGAACGCGGAGAAACCGAAAGCCAAAUAUAUAAACAAUUUGUUGAAGUUUUCGGAAAAUCGCAAAAAAGAGACCGAAAGGCGAACCGAACGUAAGAUACAGAAAGAGAGGGAACGGGAGGGCAAUGAGUUCGAGGAUAAGGAACAGUUCGUCACCAAUGCUUACAAAGAGAAACUUCAAGAACUGAGAGCUCAGGAGCUGAGGGACCAAAAGGAGCAACAGAUUGAAGAGCUCUUGGAUGUGAAGAAACAGCAGGAUUUGUCCGGUUUUUACAGACAUCUCCUGAACCGUGAUAUGACGGGCCAAUCGAAUCCAUCGGUCGCUGAAACGCCGCAAGAAUUGCCAAAAGAAGUCCCAAAAGAGAUAUCGAAACCCAAAACGAGUCGACAGUUUAGACGCAGAAGAAGCUCUUCGGAAGAGUCGGAAGAGAGUCCACACAAUGUCGAGACAACUGCUGUGAAAAACGAGAAUAAAUCAGAAAACAAGAGCCAAACGGAGGUUAAGGCGGAGGCCUCUGAUGGUGAAGACGAUGACGAGUCCAUUGACUCGAAUCCAGACGCAGACGCCGAAAGUGAAGUCAAACCAACGAAACCAACCGUUGGUUCAAACGAUGAGAACAACAGUGCGGUGACUGAGAAGACGGAGACAACGGAACCAAAAGUGGAUAAAAGAGAGCUUUUAUUACAGAAAUUUACGAAAAGAACUGUUGGAGAGGUCUUCAGUUCGGCUCAAAUGAGAUAUUUUGAGCGGAAGAAUAAAUACGUUAUUUAA